GUUUCCAUUGCUACCAUUCCCAUCGAAAGUUGGUCCUGGUAGCGACGCCGGCAAUCUGGAAACCGGCUCAAGACAGCCCAAGUGCUGGGUUGCAAUCCAAUUAGGUAUCAGGCCAAUGAGCCGGACAUCUAUCGCUGCAAAGUUCUUGCCGUUAACUAUAACUACGUGCCGAAGGCCUAUGUGUGGGUAUAUCCCAUGUUUACAUCACUUACAAGGUUGCAAGUCGCUUAAUGAAGUUGUCAUUAUUUACUUUCCAUUUGUUGUCAAAGGCCCUUUUUGAUUUGUGUACACUGUACGUGAUGUGCAUCGUAUUGUCUCGGCACCCUGGAGUAUCGUCGUACCAGGUGGUUGGACCCAGAGGAUUGGAUUGACUGUUAUAUAUAUCAGCUGUUCUCCCAGGAUCUUCUUUGCAGAUGAUCGAUACACCAGUUUCUUUCUUUGUCCAUACUUGUGAGCUUGCAAGAUGAGGCUCUCAACCCUAUCGCUCCUGGUUCUCCAGGCCGCUAGCACAUGCAUAGGACUCCCGAGUUCGAGUACGCGAGACCCAGUCAUUGCGAAAGCAAAAGCAGAGCUAGAAGUUCUCGCCCUCUCCGCUCUCCAAAAGACCCGAAAAGCGGCCAAGGGAGGGCAGUGCACACCAGAAAAGAUCAAGAUCAGAAAAGAAUGGGGAGCACUCACCAAAGUAGAGAGGCUCGAGUACAUCCAAGCCGUCCAGUGUCUGCAGGCCAAACCCUCUCGAUAUCCCGCGUCACUAGCCCCUGGCGCCAGGUCGCGCUUCGAUGACUUUGUCGUCACCCACAUCAACCAGACCCAAACCGCCCACUACACCGGCAACUUCCUCGGCCUGCACCGUUACUUCAUCUCGCUGUACGAGCAAGCCCUGCGCGAAGAAUGUGGGUAUCGCGGCACCCAGCCCUACUGGGACUGGGCCAAGACCGCCGAAACUGGCCUCUCCGCCUCUCCCAUCUUCGACGGCAGCGCGACCUCCAUGUCCGGCAACGGUGUCUACAUUCCAAGCCAGGGAGACAUUGUCCUAGGCGGCAUCGAGGGUAGCGAACUGCCGCCUGUCUACCUCCCCGCCGGCACCGGUGGCGGCUGUGUCACCUCGGGCCCCUUCGCCAACAUGAGCGUGAACCUUGGCCCCAUUGCCCUCGACGUCCCUGGCGGAGGACCGCAGCAAUCGAAUCCGGCUGGCCCAUUCGCCUAUAACCCACGGUGUCUGCGCCGCGACUUAUCGGAUGCUGUGAACCAGCGCUUCGCCAACGCUUCUUCCAUCCGACAUGUCCUUUCCCAAGAGACGGUCGCCAACUUCCAGAUGAUCAUGCAAGGCAUCCCAGGGUCAGGCGACAUCGGCGUGCACGGCGGAGGACAUUACUCGCUGGGAGGAGACCCGGGUCGUGAUGUGAGCACGUCCCCGGGCGAUCCGGCCUUUUAUCUGCACCAUGCCAUGAUUGAUCGGGUGUGGUGGAUGUGGCAGAUGGUGGAUGCGAAAAAGAGGGUGUAUGGCGAGAAGACGGCGGUUGCGGGGACGAGGACGUUUUUGAAUAUUCCCGAGAGCGGCAAGACAACGUUGGAUGAUGUGGUGGAUUUUGGGUAUGCGGCGGGGCCAGGGAGGAAGUUGAAUGAGUUGAUGAGUGUGGUGGAAGGGCCGUUCUGUUAUGUGUAUGUGUGAUGACGCCGUCCUGUAACGAACUGGUUCCCGGAUUGUGUCGAAUCAGGUCUCAGAGAUUGCCGGAUGCAGCUGGUGAAGACUGCUGACAGUUGGUAUUGCGGCAGGCAGAGUUGUCCAGAUAGGUAAGAUAAGUAAGGUAACGUAAUUGGCACCUCAACAACUAGCUCAUGCGGCAGGAACAUUUGAGACGAAGUGAGAGCAAAUGGGGGGAAAGGGGUGAUGCACCUUCCACCCAACGGGAGCACAUAUUGAUUGAUGCCUGACAGAAAACUUCAUGCACCCCGCUUCAU